ACCGACGUCUCUCACUGUAGCCGGAGCUGUGGUUAAGCCUCGACGUCACAGCCUGAGCCUCGGUCCAGCAUCCCGGACCUCAUUACAGCCGUCCACCUUUCCACAGCCUGCUGACCAUGUCAUCACAGAUGGAGCACGCAUUGCCGUGAACAAGCCCUUCUGCUCAUCCACGCAGUGUUACAUAGAAGACUACCAGCUUGGAAAUGAUGUCCUCUUACUACCACCCGGCCAAGGAAGCUGACAUGGCGGCCAUGACAGAGCCGCUCUGUCUGGAAAGAGAUGUGUGCAGGGUGAUCGAGCUGCUGGACCGGCUGCAGCGGAGCGGGGAGCUGCCCCCUCCCAAACUGCAGGCCCUGCAGAGAGUCCUGCAGAGCAAGUUCUGUGCUGCCAUCAGAGAGGUGUAUGAGCAGCUGUACGACACUCUGGACAUUGUUGGAGGACCAGAGGUGCGAGCACAGGCAACUGCCAAGGCCACAGUGGCGGCGUUUGCGGCCAGCGAGGGCCACGCCCACCCAAGGGUGGUGGAGCUGCCCAAGACCGAAGAGGGUCUGGGCUUUAACAUCAUGGGGGGCAAAGAGCAGAACUCCCCCAUAUACAUCUCCAGGGUGAUCCCUGGGGGGGUGGCCGACCGUCAAGGAGGGCUGAAGAGGGGGGACCAGCUGCUGUCUGUCAACGGAGUGAGCGUGGAGGGCGAGCACCACGAGAAGGCUGUGGAGCUGCUGAAGGCCGCCCAGGUUUCAGUCAAGCUGGUGGUGCGCUACACCCCAAAGGUCCUGGAGGAGAUGGAGGCUCGCUUUGAGAAGAUGAGGAGCGCCCGGAGACGCCAGCAGCACACCAGCUACUCAUCUCUGGAGUCCAGGGGCUAGUCGAUCCAAAGCCCCCCCCCGCCUCAUCCUCCAACCCUCCUGACUCUUCAGUUCCAGUGGGAGACCUUAGAUGAGAAGCGAAAAA